AUGGCAUUCAGUAUAACACGCCCGUCCUCUCCUCAACUCCCUACUUCUACACCCGUAGAUGACCAUCUUAGCACAGCUCUUCACGCAGCUCUCAGUCGCGUACGUGACGACAUGGUCCACCAAGACAGAUCACAUCACCCACUACCUGACAAGUCUCGCAUAGACAUAGUUCUAGACUCUGAUGUCCUUGCACUAAAAGGCGCAACGGCAGACACAGAACCUGCCUUGCUUUCUGGACAUGUAGUCCUCACACUCUCCGAAGCGACAUCCAUCAAAGAAAUAAAUCUCCAAUUUCGUGGCAAAACCCGCAUGCCGCCUCCCCUUCACGAACCAAUUUCCCUUAACCCAUCUGGACAGACAUACAGCCUUUGCACAUAUGAUUGGUCCUUCCUUGAAGGCGAGAAACGCCACUCUCAUACCCUCAAAGCAGGCAAACACCUUUUCCCAUUCUCGCUCGCCCUCGGCGGCACACUCCCCUCCUCAAUGUACCUCCCCUCCACUACCUCCGCAUCAUUCAUCUCCUAUAAACUUCGUGCAACCGCCGUCCGUCCUGGCCUCGCGCACAACCUCCACGCAUCACACCCCGUUGCCCUAAUACGGAGCUUCGCAGCAGACUCGCUCGAGUAUCAACAGACACUUGAAAUCGAGAACACAUGGCCUGACAAACUCAUGUAUACUCUCGUCCUCCCUCAUCGUGCUUGGGCUGCCGGCGAUACUCUCACUGCCCUCUGCAAAUUUGUCCCCCUCGCCAAAGGUGUCCGCGUCAUCAGCGUCCUCACCAACCUUAACGAGACCGUGAAGAUUUCUUCAAGGGGGAGCGAAUGCACCAGGGCCGCUGUGACUACAAAACACGAGGUCAUCAAUGGCAAACUCAAGCUCGUCAGCGAAAGUUGGUAUGGCAUCAGGCAGCCCCUCGGCCCAGGUGCCACAUUGCAUCCCCUUGGCGCUACCGGUGUCAGUGUACCUGCAUCCCCUGCUCAAGAGGAUAGACCGCCAAGUUUAAAUCUACCUGAUAUAUCCCUCCAUCAAGUCCCCAGUAUCCCAUCCUCGUCCUCUUCCUAUUCCCACUCUCAGCCAACCGCAACCUCCUCCUCUGCCCCUUCACAUGAUCUCCAUCUCUCCCACGACGAACCUCCAGACCCCGCUCCAGACGAAUUCACCUUGACAGACCUAAUUUCCCCCCUCUCUCUCACCCUCCCACCAACUCUCCCCCCGUCUCAUUCCCUCGACCCAAUCCACAUCUCACACCGAAUCCGCUGGUCCAUCCUUAUGUUAAACCUCGACGGGCAUACUUCUGAACUCCGCUGCACCCUUCCCCUAACCAUACUCGAUGGGCAUCUCCUCGCAGAAGCUCGCGCCGGUGGGCGUUGGGUCCGCCGUGUCGUCUUGGGCGAUUACGUACAAGGUGAAGGCGAGGGCGCUGGCAGAGGCAUUUUCGGAGAAGGAGAAGAUAACGAGGAGGAAGGUGAGACGCUCCCCAGUUACACCGCUCACGUCAGGGACCGUGUCGCCAAUGCCUUCCUACCCGCUGGAUCCACCAUGCGCGUCGUCAACCCCUACGUGUCUACAGCACCACACAUCUCCCCAACACCAGGAAGUGCCACCAGCGUAUCCUUCCCGCUGCGUUCGGGAACAAGUUCGCCACCACACCCACAUACGCAUGCACAUGCACACACACUCCCACACAGCAUACUCGAUUGGGUCAAUUCUGAACUUUUACAUCAUCCACGAUCGCCGCACUCGAAUUCUGAUCCUACAAGCCAAGUCCAAAGCCGGCUUGUUUCGCGCGCCCCUAGUCCUGAACGGCGUGUGUGGGGAGCAAUGGGGCCGCCUGUAGCUAUCUCUGCCCCGGAUUCACACAGAUCUGCCCAGGCUGCAGUACCUGGUUCAGAGACGCACAGACCUCUGGCAGUAUCAGACCCUGAAACCUAUACCCAUUCCCCGCCUGCAUCCCGUACGCGAGGCACGUUGCUCACAAUCACGAUGAAGUCACUUCCUUCUGGGUGGCUUAGUGGGGGCUCGAGGACUGGGAGUCAUUCGAAUCUUAUGGGGAUGACAAGCGUCAGUGGGUCGUAUGGGGUGUCUGGACAUGGGGGCGUAUCUGUCCCUGCUGGAUCUGGUGGAGGUGGAGGAGCCCAUCCCCACUCGCGAUCAUUCGGGAACUUGGUAUCGCCACUUCAACCGCUCGAAUACCCGCCAGGAUUGGCCUCGAAUACGGGAGAACAUUCACGUCCGCGCGCUGCAUUCAGUGUCGGUGGAAGUGGAGUACAUACGCCUUACUUCAGCGGCGCGCAUUCUUCGCCGCAUAGCCCUCGUACACCUCCUACCGAGAUUGCGGAGAGCGCGAUUUGGGGGAGGGGGUUUACGGAAGUGAAUUCGAGCGGUGGUGGUGGGGCGCGUGAAGAGGAGUUGGAUGGGGUCGAUGGGGUCGAAACGAGUGUGCGAGGGGUUCAAGACGGGAAUCCAAGUGGUGUUCUAGAUGGCGAAAACGUUCACGCGAAUGCAGCACCCGACUAUCGCGUAUCAUUUCAGGGAUGUGUCCCCCCACUGUCGAGUUUAGCGGGUUUGCCGAGUUAUGAGGAGGCUGCUGGAUCUGGGUCUGGAGUGCGGCAGGAGAGGCAACGGCCUGGUCAACUUGAUGGGUUUGGAUCUGGGUUACGUUUGAGUUUCGAUGGAAGACAGGGGAGUGCGCUGGAGGGGAGACGUUCUCCUCGCGAUGGGCGACAUCAUAUCUUGCAAGACGGGUCUCAUCAUAUCUUCCAUGAUGAGCCACUUUCUAUCUUGCAUGACGGGCGACAUUCUAGCACGCACGACGGUCUCCAUUCAAGUCAACACGAUAGGCCUCCUAGCCCACAUGAAGCGCGGGAUGGAAUGCGGUUGAGGGUCCCGAUUCCUCGGUGGAGGAGGGUGAGCGGUGAGGGGUUGUAA